AAUACCAAAAAAACCAAAACUAAAUUUUUUUAAUCUAUCAAUUUUAUUUUCACAAUUGCCCCUUAAAUCAUGCAAUGCCAUUACUUAGCAUGCAUAAACACCUCAACAAAUAUGAGGUUGAAAUCAUCCUUCAACAAAGACAUGCCACAAUAUAAACCCCCUCAAUCCACCCCAUACAAAAUUGAAUCCUCAUAUUCCACCCCCCCAAAAAAUCGAAGAAAAACCAUUCCCAUUUCUUCUCGUUUCGUACGAAAGAAGAAAACAAUGGCUUUCUUCGCCACCACCACCACCCGUAUCGCCAUCUUACUCCUCUCUCUCUCCUCCGCCCUUUCCGCCGCCACCGCCACCUACGACACCAUUGCCAAACCCCCGGAGAGCCCUUCCUUCCAGUUGGACGAUCGGGCCCACGACAUACACUUCCUACGGACCCACAUUACCGCCACCGCCAAUCAGGUGGAGCUCUUCCUAUCCACGGUGGUCCCGGAGAUGCUGAAGGGCCCCGCCGCCAAGAAGCAGUGCCAGCCACAGUGUGUGGCCGUUUGCCCCCACAUCUACACCGAUGCCCUCGACGACCUCAAGAAGGGUCUCGAGAGCUUGCAGAAGGAAGACUUUUACAUGCUCAACGUUCGUCUGGUCGCUUACAUCACCGACAUCGACACGUGCGAUCACUGCAUUAUAGAGUCGGAGAAGGUGGACGAUUGCUUGGUUGAGUUCCGCAAUUUCGACGCAUGGGCUAAGAAAAUCGGCAACGAGUUACUCGCCAGGAGUAUUAAAUACUAACCAUACAUACACUAUAUACGAAAUUAAAUCAAAGUUUAUAACAUAUGUAUGAAUUUUCUUUUGGGGGGGAAAAGUGUAUAUGUAUUUUGAUAUAACAUCCAAAAGUUUUUCCAUGAAAAAACUGCUAUUGGAUUUUAUAUCAAAACUGGAACUAAUUUUUUUUAACAAAUUGAAAUAAAUAAUUGGA